AUGUCCAAGAUCAUCGACCACGACUCGCCCGCGGCCUUGGAAGGCGAAAAACUCCCCCUCGAGUCGGAGUCAGCCAAAUACAAGCCGGCCCACUCGCGCGCUCAUUCAGAGUAUGAUACACUCCCCAUACUGGAGGCUGGGCCGGUCAUUGCUGGACUGACGGCCGAGCAUGGGGCUGAAGCGGUACUGGAGUCGCAAGCUGGUGAAACGGGGUUUCCGCCAAGGAUGUCAACGGGGAGGAUGGUCGUUCUCGCCGCGGGGAUGAUGAUGACUUACUUUGUCGGGACUGCUUCGACGGCGUCGGUGACGCUGCUGAUCCCGAGUAUGGCGCAUGACCUCGGAGAGUCGGAGUUGCAAGUGCAAUGGGUCUCUUCCGCCUACACUUUGGCUUUCGCAUGCGGCCUGCUCUUUUCGGGACGACUAGCAGAUACAGCGGGAAGGAAGAAGCUGUACAUGAUUGGACUGUCGAUGUAUGCCGUCUUCGCAAUAAUUACUGGGGCCGUGAAGAACCGUCUAUCUAUGUGUGUGACUCGCGCGCUGUCCGGCUUGGGACUCUCAAUAGCCUCGCCCGCUGGGUUCGGGAUCAUCGGCGUCAACAUCCGCCACGAGCCUGCUCGCACCAUUGUCUUUGCCGCGUUCGGCUUAGGCAACCCCGUCGGGGCAGCAUUCGGCAACCUCAUCGGAGGGGUCAUGGCCAGCAUCGGACAGGGUGGCUGGUCCUACCUCUUCUUCCUUCUGGCAGGCUUGGCCAUCGUCUUGCUCGUCAUCGCUUACUUUGUCGUCCCUCCAGACCUGCCUUCAGUCGCCGCAAAGGAUAGACGUAUCGACUGGAUCGGCGGGGUCCUCAUCACCGCCGCUAUCUGCAUCUUCACCUUUAGUCUCACCGAGUCUGGGAUCGCCCCCAAAGGGUGGCAAGCACCUCACGUUCCCGCUCUACUUGUCCUCUCUCUCGUCCUCGUCGGCAUCUUCAGCAUCUGGUCACUCCGGCUCGAGCGUCACACCUCCUACCCACCCAUCAUCAAGAUGUCACUCUUCACCCGUCGGCAUGGCCUCAUUAGCUAUACCUGUGCAUGCUGCUUCUUCCAGUCUCUGUCGGUCUACGGGUGGGUGUAUACCACGACCAUCUUUUACCAGAACUACAAGGGACUUUCGCCGCUUCAGAAUUCGAUUCAUACCUUGCCCACUACCAUCGUCGGGACAGGCGCAGCUACGGCAGUCAUGUUCCUCGCACCAAGAGUCCGCACACCACACCUCCUUGGGAUCGGCGCGGGCCUCACUGCGUGUUGCUCACUCCUAUACGCUCUGUGGCCAGAAGGACUCACAUUCUGGGCAAUGGAGUUCCCGGCCCAGCUGAUGAUUCCCUGGGGCAUUGAUUUCGCAUUCGGUCUGGGCAACAUCUUGAUCUCGAACCUGGUCGACCAAGACGAACAAUCAGUCGGCGGCGCUCUCUUCCAAACCUCAGGCCAAGUCGGCGCAGCGCUCGGGAUUUGCCUCACAUCCCUCAUCGCGACUCAGAUCGGCGAGCAAAAGGGGAGCGUGCUGGCGGGUGUCAGGGCGGCGUUCUGGUUCGGCUCUGGGGCUGCCGGUAUAGUGGUGGGGAUCGCGUAUUUCGGGUUCAGACGAGUCGGGCUUGCGAAGGAUGUAGGCAAGAUUCAGUAG